AUGAGUAUUGGUCGUACGUUGAGGGGUUUCUUUACCUACAUUGUGCAGCCCACUAAGGUUAUUAGUGGCGUGAGGAGGCAACAGAAUAUGCCUUUACACGAGCAGAUCAUACCGUACCUGGAGACCGCGGGGUUGUAUCAUUUGGCUAGGCUGAACAGUCACUGGUUCUGGGUUGACGAGCCUCUACUUAGCGCAUUUAUUGAGCGGUGGCGUCCUGAGACCCACACCUUCCACAUGCCCUUUGGUGAGUGCACUAUCACGUUGCAAGAUGUGGCAUAUCAGCUUGGUUUGCCGAUCGAUGGGCGGCCUGUCAGUGGGUGCCUGACUAAGUUUGAGAAUCUGAUGGAACACGGUAGACCGGCAUGGGUCUGGUUUCGCGAGUUGUUUGGGGAGUUACCUCCGCAGAAUAAGGUAAAGCAGAUGACGGUGUGCUACACAUGGUUCCAUGAGAGGUUUCAAGUUCUUCCAGCAGAUGCUAGUGAGGAGAUCGUGCGUAUAUACGUGCGUGCUUAUAUUCUGAUGCUGUUGUCCUCUCAGCUAUUCGCGGACAAGAACGCGAACCGGGUCCAUCUUCGCUAG